UUCAUCAAUUUUGAAAGGAAAGAAGAAAUGGUAUCAAGAAUAUGCAUAUUUUUUGCUGGUACGAUUUCAGUGGUGUUAUCAGUUGUUGGUGGAGACCCUCUUGUUCCUGCGCUUUGCAUCUUCGGUGAUUCCGUGGUUGAUGUGGGAAACAACAACAAUCUUUUAACGUUGAUCAAAGCAGACUUCCUUCCCUAUGGGAGAGACUAUAUCACUCAUGCCCCGACCGGAAGGUUCUGCAACGGAAAGCUCGCCAUCGACUUCAUCGCCGACUACCUCGGUUUCAGCUCGUAUCCCCCGGCGUAUCUCAGCAAAGAAGCCACCGGGGUCCUGAGCGGCGUCAACCUGGCGUCGGCUGCUUCCGGUUACUACGAAACAACAGCCCAACUAUAUAGGGCUGUAACAUUGACGCAGCAGCUGCAAAACUACAAGGAAUGGCAGAGCAAGGUGGUGAAGAUGGUGGGGAAGAGCAAAGGCGAUGCCAUAUUCUCAGGAGGAAUCCACCUGUUGAGCGCAGGCAGCAGUGAUUUUAUACAGAAUUACUACAUUAAUCCUUUGCUCAACACCGUCUAUUCUCCCGAACAAUUCUCCCACCUUCUGCUGCGAUCCUACUCUUCCUUCAUACAGAAUCUGUACAAACUCGGAGCGAGGAGAAUCGGAGUGACAAGCCUACCGCCAGUGGGGUGCUUGCCCGCGGCAAUAACGUUAUUUGGAGGAGGGAGCAAUGAGUGCGUGGCGAGGCUCAACAAGGACGCCGUAUUGUUCAACCAGAAAUUGAACUCCGCGUCUGAGAAUCUAAAGGCCAGCUUGUUUGGCCUCAAACUCGUGGUCUUCGACAUCUACCAGCCUCUGCUGGACAUGAUUACCAACCCCGGCGACAGCGGAUUGUUUGAAGCGAGGAGAGCAUGUUGUGGAACAGGGACAGUAGAAACAUCGAUUCUGUGCAAUUCAAGAUCGUUGGGAACGUGCUCCAACGCCACGGGGUAUGUGUUCUGGGAUGGAUUUCACCCUUCCGAAGCUGCUAAUGAGAUAUUGGCGCAGGCUCUUCUACAACAGGGAUUUGAACUUAUCUCUUAGUUUACACAAUAUUCCCCAAACCCAAUAAUCAUUUUCAUGCUUGUGUUGCUUUUGCUCUUUCUCAAUAACACUAUCAAUCUUAGUUAUAAUUAUAUGAUUGCUUCCACCA